GAUAUCCUUUCCCUUGAGGACAGUGAAGGUUCAUCAGACUGAUUCCUGGAAUGGCAAGGGGCAUCAGAGAAAGAGAGAUUUGAGUCCAGAAACCAGCUACUCCAGUAGCUGGAGCCCAUUUUACAUUGGAUCUUGUUGAGAAUACUUGGUGCUGUUACUGCUGGCUUUUUAACUCUCUCUUAAAAGCGGCGUGCUCACUGGGCUGUGUGCUGUUUGCUGGGCUGGAGCACCAACUAGAUGAUGUACAGAAAGAGAGGGAUCCCGGCUGAUGAUUGGUCUGUAGAAGGAGUGGAUCCCAACACAGUAGGGGAUACUCGGGACACCAAGUCAAAUCCAAGUGGACGCAUUACUCGCCAUGAGACUUAUGAAAAGGCCCGUGAACUCUUCCAGUUGUGUGACAAAGAGGAGAAGGGCUUCAUCACCAAGCGGGACAUGCAGAGAUUGCAGAAUGAGUUACCUCUGACCCCGGAGCAAUUGGAAGAUGUCUUUGAUAGCCUGGACCAGAGUAACAAUGGCUAUUUAACGCCCUUGGAAUUCAGCAUGGGAUUUGGACAAUUCAUAGGUAUCGAGAUAUUGCCAGCAACAGAAAGUCGGGAAAGCUCAAAGCUUGAGGAAACGUUUGAAUCCGGCUGGUCUGAUGACCUGGAUAUCAUAGAUGAUGAGGAAGAGAAGCGGUUUUGUUUCUUGAUGCAGCAACUUGGUGCUUCACAGAUCUUUGAGGAUCAAAGUGAAGUGAGAGAGUUGUGGACCAGAUUGCGGAGGGACAAGCCUGAGCUGCUGGCUAACUUUGAACAGUUUUUGUCUAAAGUUUCAACACAUGUCCAGGAGGUGCAAAAUGACAAGAUAACCAUGGAACAGGCUUUGAAACGGAAGGAGUGUGACCAUGAUCGAGAGGUUCGAUGCUUGUACGAGGAAAUGGAGCAGCAGAUUAAGCGGGAGAAAGAACAGCUGUUGAAUCAGCAGGAUGUGUGGAAGCACAGUGACCGAAACCAUCAGCUACAGAGGGAACUCAGCAGUAAGGAGCAGGACCUAGAAAAUAUCAUUCAAAAGCAGAAGAAGUUGGAACUACAACUUGAGGAGUAUAACUAUGAACACACCGAGACUAGGAUUCAGAAUGAAAGAUUGAAGCGGUUGAAUGAGGACCUGCAGGACCAGCUGGAUAGGACGAAGAAAGACUUGGAGACUACACGAUUUAACCUUCAGGUCCUUCAAGAUGAGGCCCGCUAUGAACAUCAGCAGACAGCCAGGGAUAUCCUGAAGGUGUCAAAGAACAUGCAAAAAGAAAGAGAAAGUCUACUGAGACAACUAGAACUUCUCAGGGAGAUGAACAAGAAACUCCGAGAUGAAAGGGAUGCCUACGAAGCCAAGAAGCUGGUUAGUCUCAAAAAGCGACUUGUAAUGCAGAGACGUGACAAUUGCUGCUGCUGCUGCUGUUGCUUUGGCUGCUCUCCUGUGGGACCACGCUGUACUCCCUGGGCCCACUGUAAACCAGCGCAGCCAAACUCCACGCCUGUCCAGCUGUAUCAUUAUGUGGGUGCUAAAGAGCAGGACGGACAGCUUGUUGCUGCAGAUCAAUCUCCCGUCUCCACAGAGGAUGUGACUUUGGAACCCAGCAAGAAGAACUGUCGAUAUUUCUCCAAGGAGACAGGCAGAGGAGACUCUGGUGAUGAAGAGCUGCUUAGUCCAACAUUGACAGAACACCACAGCCCUCUAGAGGAAACUGCAGACUGCAGGGUAGGUGGACUACCUAUGCACACCUCAGAAGAGGAAGAAUUUGAUGAGGCCCCACUUUCACCCAGAGGCCAGCCUAUUGGCAUAGAAACAGCGGAGUCUGAAGCAUUGGGCUCUUCCCCUGACAGAAUAUUUAAAGUGGUGUUCGUUGGGAACUCUGGUGUUGGAAAGAGCUCAUUUAUCCAUCGAUUCUGCAAUGACCGAUUUCUCUCAGAAAUUAAUCCAACAAUUGGCAUUGAUUUUCAAGUGAAGAGCUUGGUUGUAGACAAAAUCCGUGUGGCAUUACAGUUGUGGGACACUGCAGGGCAAGAAAGGUUUCGCAGCAUAACCAAGCAGUAUUUCCGCAAAGCUGAUGGUGUUCUGGUGGUGUAUGAUGUCACAUCCGAGACUUCAUUCACUGCUGUCAGGAACUGGAUGAUCAGUGUUCAGGAAGGAAUGGAUGAGAGGGCAGCUAUUUGUCUACUUGGCAACAAGGUAGAUGCUGUAGACCGUGAACCACGACAGGUGUCCAAAACAGAAGGUGAAAGGUUAGCAGAGGAGUAUAAUGCAGUAUUCUACGAAUGCAGUGCCAAAUCAGGGUACAAUGUAAUGGAACCACUGAUGCAUGUGGCAAGAUUGUUGAGUGAACAGGAAGACAAACAGAGAGAGGAUGCUUUGCACUUAGAUGAUGACUGCAGCAAGAAAAAAGGUUGCUGCAAAUGAAAAUGAACAAAGGUCCAUUCGCCACUGUCACGAGAGCCGAGAGAAAAUGGGUAACUUGAAUAAACUGAUGGCUUCACUAGACAUUCCUGAGCUAU